AUGCCCAUUGUUCUUCCUCUUAUUCUUCUCCUCUGCUUCUUCACCCACUGCACACUCUGUUUCUCUGCUUCAAAACCACAAACACUCAUUCUACCUCUCAAAACAGAGACACUUCCACAUGGGUUUGCCCCACAUUCAACAAACAAGCUCUCUUUCCACCACAACGUCACCUUAACAAUCCAACUUUCCGUAGGCUCGCCUCCACAGAAGGUUACCAUGGUCCUCGACACAGGCAGUGAGCUCUCUUGGCUCCACUGCAAGAAAGCCCCAAACUUGAACUCUGUUUUCAACCCACUCGCCUCUAAAUCUUAUUCUCCCAUACCUUGCUCGUCGCCCGUUUGCCGGACCCGAACCCGAGACUUCUCCAUACCCGUUUCCUGCGACCCCAAAAAGCUCUGCCACGCCACUCUCUCCUACGCCGAUGCUUCUUCCAUUGAAGGCAACCUCGCAUCCGAAACUUUCGGUCUCGGGCUGUCCACGCAACCCGGUACGAUAUUCGGGUGCAUGGAUUCCGGGUUCAGUUCCAACUCGGAGGAAGAUGCCAAGACCACCGGGUUAAUGGGUAUGAACCGCGGGUCGUUAUCCUUCGUUACCCAAAUGGGGCUCCCGAAAUUUUCGUACUGUAUAUCGGGUCGUGACUCGUCCGGUGUUCUACUUUUCGGGGAAGCGAAAUUCGCUUGGCUCCGUCCCUUGAACUACACCCCUUUGGUCCAAAUAUCCACCCCAUUGCCGUACUUCGACCGAGUCGCUUACACCGUCCAGCUCGAGGGGAUCAGAGUUUCCGGAAAAGUGUUACCGCUCCCAAAAUCGGUUUUCGUACCGGACCAUACCGGGGCGGGUCAGACUAUGGUCGACUCCGGAACCCAAUUCACGUUCCUACUCGGUCCGGUUUACACAGCACUAAAAAACGAGUUCAUUCAGCAAACCAAACCGGUUUUGAGAGUUUUGAACGACCCGAAUUUCGUUUUCCAAGGAGCCAUGGAUUUGUGCUACCAAGUCCCGAUGAACCGGCCGAGUCUUCCCCAGCUGCCAACGGUGACCUUAAUGUUUCAGGGGGCCGAGAUGAGCGUAUCGGGCGAGAGGCUGUUGUAUCGGGUACCGGGAAUGAUGAGGGGCAGUGAUUCGGUGUACUGCUUCACAUUCGGAAACUCUGACUUGCUAGGCAUCGAGGCGUUCGUGAUUGGACAUCACCAUCAGCAAAACGUGUGGAUGGAGUUUGACUUGGAGAAGUCCAGAGUGGGAGUGGCUGAGGUUAGGUGUGAUCUUGCAAGUCAAAGACUUGGGUUGGGGGUCUAG